GCCAAGAAUUAUUUCCCUGUACAAUGAAUUGUGUUCCCUGAAGAAAGUUUCAGAAGAAACUAUUACAGACUACAUCAUUAGAGCCGAAAAGAUAGUGACUGCUUUAAGAAAUACAAAGCAAGUAAUAAGCGAUGAGUUGAGCAUUGCUAUGGUUCUGCGGGGCUUACCGGAACCAUACAAACCAUUCGUCAUUCACAUGACACAGAGCAACGAUGAAGUGACUUUUGUGGAGUUCAAGAGCAAACUACGAAGCUACGAAGAGACAGAGAAAUUUGAACACAAACCAAAAUCAGAUAACGUAAUGAAAGUGGACAUAGUGUCAGCGAACUGUUAUGGAUGUGGGAAUCGUGGACAUUUUGCGAGAAAUUGUCCCCACAAAACAACACCAAAGUGGUGCAACUACCACAGAAGCACAACACAUACAGACGAGACGUGCAGAAGGAAAACCAAGCCUGACUCUGCUAAACAAACUAUGGAGAAUGAAGAAGAUUCAAAGGAAAGUGGCACCUCCUUUGUGUUCCAAGCCAGUCAUUUGGUGCUUCCAGACGGCAUCAAACAAAAUGGACUGAUGGUGGACUGUGGGGCGACGUCACACAUAAUCACUGAGAAGAGCAAAUUUACACGAUUUGAUGAGACUUUUAACCCAAACAAACACUACAUGGAAUUGGCUGAUGGGACAAGGAAGAACAACGUGGCGCUGAAGAGAGGCGAUGCAGUGGUUCUUCUACGCAACACGGAGGGGAAAAGUGUCCCCGUCACACUGAAGAACGCCUUGUUCAUCCCAAUCUACCCACAAGACUUCAUGUCGGUGAAAGCAGCCACGACUGAUGGAGCUCAAGUGAUCUUCGAAGAAGGACAAAACCGGCUCAUCACGAAAGAAGGAAACACCUUCAAGUUAGAAGUACACGAGAGACUGUACUACCUCAAAACGGGCAGUGUGUGGAGUCCCACAGACGUAUAAAGACACCCUGAUGUCAUCAGAGGCAGCCAGCUGGGAAAAAGCCAUGAAAGACGAGUUAGCAUCUCGCAAAGAAAAUGACACAUUUGAACUAACAACAUUACCAAAAGGGAAAAAUGCAGUAGGCGGAAAGUGGGUUUAUGCCCUCAAAGAAAACACAGAGAAAGCACAGCUUUUCAAAGCUAGAUAUGUUGCCAAAGGAUACAGUCAAACUGAAGGUAUAGAUUAUCAAGAAACAUUUGCACCAACCGCAGUCAUUACUUCUGUGCGUGCAUUGAUGCAAAUAGCUGCCCAAA